AGACUUUUCCUAGAUUGGUAUUUUGAUUUGGUUCAGGAUUCUUUUUUUCAUCUCUUGCACAGCCAGCCAACCACACACACAAUCAGACAGACAGCAAAGCUAACGAGGAGCUAGACGCAAUCAAUUUAUUUCACUCAGCUAGCGUAGCUAUCUUGGGAGAUCAUAAGGUCUAAUAAUAACAAAGUGCAUUUUAACAUCAAUGUCUGACGUUUUUGUGUUUUUCUUCGUAUGACUACCGAACAGUUAACUCAGCUUGCUAGCAAGCUGCAAGUGUGGUAGUUUGAGAAGUAGCUAGCGCCGUUAGUACUAGCGGUUUACACAGGUGCUAGCUAGCUAACCAGCUGCCAGAAUGAAUGUCGCAAAAAGUGGUUAUCGGGUCUUCUCUGCUAAUUCUACUGCAGCAUGUACAGAACUAGCCAAGAAGAUAACUGAACGACUGGGAGUUGAAUUGGGCAAGUCGGUGGUCUAUCAAGAGUCCAAUAGAGAGACCAGAGUAGAUGUGAAGGAAUCCGUUCGCGGCCAAACUAUCUUCAUCAUCCAGACCAUACCCAGAGAUGUGAACACGGCCAUCAUGGAGCUGCUGGUCAUGGCCUACGCCCUCAAGACCUCCUGUGCCAAGAACAUCAUUGGGGUCAUCCCCUACUUCCCCUACAGCAAGCAGUGUAAGAUGAGGAAGAGGGGUUCCAUAGUGUGCAAGCUGCUGGCUUCCAUGCUAGCCAAAGCAGGUUUAACUCACAUCAUCACAAUGGAUUUACAUCAGAAGGAGAUCCAGGGCUUCUUCAGUUUUCCAGUGGACAACCUGCGUGCCUCCCCCUUCCUGCUUCAGUACAUCCAGGAGGAGGUCCCAGAUUAUAGAAACGCCAUUAUUGUUGCAAAGUCACCGUCUGCUGCUAAGAGAGCUCAGUCCUAUGCAGAGCGACUGCGUUUGGGCCUGGCAGUGAUGCAUGGGGAGGCUCAGUGUUCAGAGUCUGACAUGGCGGACGGACGACACUCUCCCCCCUGUGUCCGUAACACCUCAGGACACCCUGGGCUGGAGCUGCCUUCUGGCAGCAAACAACAAGCUCCGUUCCCAGGCAUAGAGCUCCCAAUAAUGAUGGCCAAGGAGAAGCCCCCGAUCACUGUUGUAGGAGAUGUGGGAGGAAGAAUCGCCAUCAUUGUUGAUGACAUCAUAGACGACGUGGAGGACUUUGUGGCGGCAGCUGAGAUUCUGAAGGAGAGAGGAGCUUACAAGAUCUACAUCAUGGCUACACAUGGGCUGCUGUCUGCUGAUGCCCCCCGCCUUAUUGAGGAGUCUGCCAUCGACGAGGUGGUGGUGACUAACACCGUCCCUCACGAGGUACAGAAGCUCCAGUGUCCCAAGAUCAAGACAGUGGACGUCAGUAUGAUCCUGGCCGAGGCCAUCCGCCGCAUCCACAACGGGGAGUCCAUGGCCUACCUGUUCCGCAACAUCACGGUGGAUGACUAGGGCCAGAGACAGAGAUUUGAGUCUGUGCUGGAGGUGAGGUGUUAGGAGAAAGGCUGGUGGUACACACGGUAUGCUUCCCUCCUUUCUCCACAAUGCUAGAAGUGCAUACUGUUCCUGUUGUCUGCACCUUCACACAGCCUAGUUCAGAUGACUAGGACGAGGGAGAGUACCGUCAUCAUAUCCCCUCUUACAAACCAAUCAAAUGCAUUUUCAUCAGCUUUUAGUGCCCAAAACAUAACAUGGAGUUGCUCAAUAAAAGUGCUAAAAGAAACAAAAAGUUCAGCAAUACUAAAAGGUUGAUUUAACGUGCAUAUUUGUUGUCAGGUCAUUUGUGUUUUAUUCCCUUACUGUGCCAUGGUCUGGUAAACCAGCAGUGCAUGAAUUACAGUACCUCACCUCCAUGGUAGUUUUGAUACCUUUUUUAAUCCCUCCAUACUUGAAGAUAUGAAGGAAUGUGUUAUUUUAUUGGUUCACUGUUCACUGUUUUGCCCACCCGAAUGAAAAGUGUAGGGAAAGUACUGUAUAUUAGGAUAAAAACCAGCUUUCCUUGUGUCUAGCCCAGGGGUGGGUGGAAAUGAAUAUUUUGGGUAAAAUAAACACUCCAGGCCACUCUUAAACAUCUAAAACUAGAUAGAAAGUAUGUAGAAAUUAUAAUGGACCUAUAUAUUUUCAAAUAACUUACAUUUUUCUGGACCGCAAAUUGCUUUCGGAAAAAUCUGUGCGGCCCUCUGAAAAUUGUUUCAAUCCCGAUGUGGCCCUCGAACCAAAAUGAUUGCCCACCCCUGGUCUAGCCACUGUCAACAUAUCUUAUGAUGGCUUUUUCUUCAGUUCUCCAUUAUGAAGGAGGGUGACCUAAUUUCACUCUGUUUAAGUAUCUUUCCAAUAACAUCAGUUAUUGCUUAAAUCAUUUCCCCCCACACUCCUGGCCCUCCAGGCCUACCGAGCACUGUGACUGAUUUGCAUUUAGAUGCAGGUGUGUUAAUGCAAAACCUACUGAGAACAAAGCUAAAGGAACCCUAGUACAGCAGCUCCCAACCAGUUUUGUGUUCUGUGUGACUCACCUAAGCCUCGUGAAUUCAGGCUGACUCACCAAAUACAUCUAAUAACACAACAUGUAUUGUCUACCACCACCCGUUAGGCAACACAUUAGGAACUUUUGACCCACCAUCUUUGAAUCCCAAACACUGUCCUAGUCAUUGUUACUGUAUUGGUCCAGUCAGUCAACUGUUCUCUGUGUAACUGUAACGAAUGUCAUGAUGAUUGCCACAGAUCGUUGGGCAAACGGUAUAACACCAGAUGGAUAUCUGAAUGGAUAUAACCUUUGACAUCAAAGUGAGAUAUGACAACCUGCCUCUGAAGUAGACUUUCCUGUAUAGUCUUGUUGCUUCUCGUUGGCAUUCAGAAAGAAUGACAAUAUAUGCAUAAUGUGUCCAUGCUGAGGUCAUGGUUUUGAAUAUAGAAAUUGCAAACGUGACACUUUCCCAUAUGAUGUAUGGAACUGUGGUGUCAACUUGCUGAUCAGGAGGACUGCGAUCUGUACAUCUAGGACUGUAGGAUCAAGUAGUCACGAUAUAUGCCAUUUAUUUAUUUUUAUUUAUUUAUUUCACCUUUAUUUAACCAGGUGACCCCUAUGAAAAGAUGUGGACUAAUAGUCAAACUGAUCUUCAAGGGAAGUUGUGUCUGAACACUCUGUUGGCUUUAUGCUCAGGGAGAUAUGCUUCUGAGGCAAAUGCAUAAUGUAUGUGAAGAAAAACCGCUCUUAAUGCUUGUGCCUAUGUCUCAGGUACAGCAAAGUCUGUCAAUGGAAAUGUGUUGCAUUCCUUUCUCUCUACCAUCCGUUGUUACUUUCGUUGUUGACAUUCAGUCCCUUGUUAUCCUGUAGGAUGUGCUAAUUGUGUAAACCGCUAACUAGACCAGUGUCUGGUAUAGACAUGAGGAAAGGUAGUCCGUCUCGGAGAGGAAUGGCUGUUGCUAUGUCAACUCAUAUCCAUGUCUUCCGAUAGCACAUUGAUUUGUUACUUCACUACCCCCCUGUGUCUGAUCUUGAUGUGGCCUAGCCUAUUUGUGAGUUUAUGAUUUUAUCUUAAUCGAAAACCUCUGUCAUUGGUGUCUGCAUCCAAUUUUUUGUAAGUUAAAAUAAACCUUUGGCUCCA